AUGCCGCGUGUAGUCUCCGCAGCGUCUUCGGCGGGGCUCGCGCAUGAGUAUGGGCACGAACAACAUCAGCCUCAUCAGCAUCCUCACCAUCGUCACUCACCGGCAGUGCGCGCGUACGUCAGCGCAGAAAAUGGCGCCGCGGGGGCAGCAGCGCUAACGGCUGUAGCAGCCCGCGCUACAGACGCGCGCCUUGCUACAGACGCAGCGCCAGCGCGUCUCGCGGAGCGGAGCAGCGGGGAGGGGGCAGCUGUAGCGCGCCACGGCGGAGCGGUUGCCGCGCCUUCCGAAAGCGCCAAGGCGGAAAAGGCGCUAGAGGGCGCGGUGGCGGAACGAUUUGCGGAGAUUUUGUCGCGGAUGGCAGGGAACCACCCCGCGGGGGUGGUGGGGGAGGCGCAGGCGGGAGUGGGGGGAGAGCAGAAUGCGCGGGACGAUCGGGGAUCUCGGCGGAAAGCCGAAGAAGAAAGAGAGGGCGCGGUAUCAAUAAACCGUGAAGCGGGGGGAAAGGGGGACGAGGGGGAAGCGGGGGGAGAGGGUGAAGAGAGGGGAGCGGGUGGAAAGGCGGGAUCGAGGAGAGAGAAGGGCGGAGAGGAAGCAGAGGAAGCGGCGGACGAAGAGGAAGAGGAAGAGGAGCCGAUACUUAAGUACCAGCGGCUAGGAGGCGACGUGCCGCAGAUAGUGCGUGGUGGCGUACAGGCGACGUGCGUGUCUGUGUCUGAUAAGAUGCUGGCGCUGGGCACGUCCGAUGGCUGCGUGCAUGUGCUCGACCUGCUCGGCAACCAGGUGUCACGUCUGACGGCUGUGUGCGUGCACUCCACUUGCUCGGCAACCAGGUGCGCCACACCCGCUUCUCUCCCACCUUCUCCCGCCUUCUUCCGCCUUCUCCCGCCUCUCUCCCGCCUCUCUCCCGCCUCUCUCCUGUCCUCCUCGCUCCCUUCUGCCCCCCACCUGUCUUCCCUCUUCCCUCCCUGCGCUGUCACUCUGGGCUGUCUCCCUGUCUUGCUCCCCUCCAUCCCGCCCCAGCCUGUUCCUCCUGCCCCUGUUCCCCCCCUCCCCGCCCCGCCCUCUCCCUGUUCCUUGCGCCCCCCCCCCCUUCCCCCCCCCCCUCCUCUUUCCCCAACUUCCUCUCCCCCACCCGUCCAGGUGAAGCAGUACGACUCACACAAGGCGCCAGUGCGAGCAGUGGUGUUCGACGAAUCAGUGAACCACAUCGCCUCGUGCGCUCACGACGGCUCCCUCGCCAUCCACGGCCUCUUCUCCCCGGACUGUCUCCUGUUGAAGUACCGCCUCCCACUCCUCGCCCUCGCUCUGCACCCCUCCUUUGGCUCCUCCCGCCGGUCAAGGCAGUUUGCCACGGGCGGGGAGGCUGGAGAGCUGGUGCUGAACUCCAAGGGGUGGCUUGGGGCGUCAGAUCAGGUGCGAUGGGAGAAAGGGGAGGGAUGGGAGGGAGGAGGGAGGGGAAGAGUAGCGGGAUGCGGUAGGGGAAGGUCCUGGCAGUUUGCCACGGGCGGGGAGGCUGGAGAGCUGGUGCUGAAUUCGAAAGGGUGGCUGGGGGCUUCGGAUCAGUGUGGCACGGCACGGUGCUGCUGUGGGCGAACGAGCGGGGCAUCAAGCUCUUCUGCCUUGCCUCCUCCAUGCCCCUCGCUCACAUCGACCGCCCUCGCUCCAACCUCACUGCCGGGAUUGACUCCCGCCCACAUGUCUUCUGGAUGGUACGCCCCUGCUACUGCUGCUGCUGCUGCUACUGCUGCUGCUGUUGCUGCUGCUGCUGCUGCUGCUGCUGCUGCUGCUGCUGCUGCUGCUGCUGCUGCUGCUGCUGCUGCUGCUGCUGCUGCUGCUGCUGCUGCUGCUGCUGCUGCUGCUGCUGCUGCUGCUGCUGCUGCUGCUGCUGCUGCUGCUGCUGCUGCUGCUUCUGCUGCUGCUGCUGCUGCUGCUGCUGUUGCUACUGCUGCUGCUGCUGUUGCUGCUGCUGCUGCUGUUGAUGUUGCUGCUUCUGCUGUUGCUGCUGCUGCUGCUGUUGCUGCUGCUGCUGUUGAUGUUGCUGCUGCUGCUGUUGCUGCUGCUGCUGCUGUUGCUGCUGCUGCUGCUUCUUUUUCUGGCCUCGCUCCCUAUGCUGACCGCCUGCUUGUGCUCUCCUGUCCGUUCCCUACCUCGCAGCCGCCGCCCUCCUCCUCCUCCUCCUCCUCCUCCUCCUCUUCCCCUCCUCCACUCGCCCCAUCCACCCAAACUCCCCUCCAAUCUCCGGCCGCCACGCUCACGAACCAAGACCCCCCUCCUGCAUCCACCCGGGACACUUCAUCCCUCCCUGCACCCUCACCACUCCCAUCAGUCACAUCUGUUCCACCUCUCGAGUCCGUGUCCACCUCAAUCCAACACCCAUCCCCCCAGCAAGCAUCUCCCCUGCAACCUUCUCCCCCUGAGCUGCGCAUGCUUACACUGCGCAACCAGGAGGUCAUGUGUGACGCGCUGCCCCUGCAUGGCUUCCAACACACCGCCCUCACACACUUCGCCCUCGCCCACUCGCCCUUUUCCGGCAGCAGCAUGCAGGGGGCGCAGUGGCAUGCAGGCAGCGAGCCGUGCUUUGUCAUCCUCUGCCCAUUCGACGUGCUUGUAGCUAGACCUUGGUCCACGUGCAAUGGCUGUCAGCGGAAGGGAGAGUGCAGGCAGCAACCAAAGCUUCCUCCCUCCCCCCUGCAUCCCCUUCCUCCUGCCUCUGCCCCACUGCACCUCUCCUCCCCCAGUGACGCCCAGGACCACGUGCAAUGGCUAUUAGCGCACGGGAGAGUGCAGGCAGCAUUAGAGGCAGCAACCGUCCUUCUCUCCCCUCUCCAUUUCCUUCCUCCCGCCCGCUUUCUAUCCUUUCCCUGCCCCUUCCCCUGCAUCUGCACCUUUGUUCUCCCAGUGACGCCCAGGACCACUGACGCCCAGGAUCACGAUCACGUACAAUGGCUGCUGGCGCAUGGGAGAGUGCAGGCAGCACUAGAGGCAGCAGAGCAGGCAGCACGAGGCAGCGGAGGGGGGCCAGGAGGGGAGAGAGGAGGGGGAGUGGGUGGAGAGGCGGAUGGGGAAGGGCAGGCAGGGAGUGCGAGUGGGAGGAAUGGAGAUGUGGUUGCGGAGAACAGACUUGUUCAAGAGGUGAGGUGGGGUGGGGCGCUAUCUAGACCAUCUAGUGCUGCAGCGCAAGUGGGGUGGCGUUAUCUAGACCAUCUAGUACUGCAGCGCAAGUACGCCCAAGCAGCAGCGCUGUGCCCCAAGCUGCUCGGAUCCAACACCACUGCCUGGGAGAGGUGGGUGUUCACAUUCGCUCAGAUGCGCUGUCUGCCAGCCCUCGUGCCGCACAUACCCUUCGACUCGCCCCAGCUGGGACCAGCUGUUUACGAGAUGGUGCUAUCGUCCCUGCUGCUCUCCCCGUCAGACCACCCUCUGUUCCUUUCCUCCAUCCGCACAUGGCCGCACCGCCUGUACAGCAUGCGAGACGUGCUGGGGAAGGCAGUUCAGAGGCACCAGGCACUCACUAGAGGAGCCAAGGAGUGGGAGGGCCAGGCAUCCACGCCACUGCUGGAGGCAGUGGCAGAGCUGUGCAUGCGCUCCCAGCAGUUCCCCGAUGCUCUGCACUACUACAUCCUGGCAGCUCUAUCAGACCGCACCAACACCGAUCGCACCAACACAGUCUUGCAUCUCAUCUCCUGCCAGCCCUUCUCUCCUCUCAUUGCCUCCCAGCUGCCCCUGCUUCUGCAGCUUGAUCCCUCCCGCAUCCUCCUCUUUCUCGCCCACCACCCCUCGCUGCUCCCCCCCUCCUCCAUCUUUCCCCACCUCUCGCUGCUGCGCACACACGCACACGACACACUGCGACGGAGACGAGAGGAAGGGGAGGAGAGAAGGUUGGGGGAAGAGGAGGAGGGAAGAUUGGAGGGACGGGGGGAGGAGAGGAGAUUAGGAGAAGGGGAGGAACGGAAAGUGGAGGAAGUGCAAGAGAGGAAAGAGGAAGGGGGGAAGGAUGUGGGGUUGUUGGAGGGGAAAGGAAGGGAGGAGAGUACAGGGAGUGUUGCUGGUGGGUGGGACUUAAGUUCUGUGGUUAGAGGGGAGGGAGCAGGGGGGGGAAACAGCCAGCCUACGUGGGUCAAGAGUGAAGGGGAUAGGGGAGGAGUGAGUGGAGCAGGGGAAACGUUAUGGUGUGAGUGUGAGAUAGACGACGAGAGGGGUGAGAAUGGGGGGGACGGUCAUGGGGAGGAGGAGGAGGAGGCAGUGAGAUGGGGAUGGAGAGGGGGAGAGGGGCGAGAGGGUACAUCAGCAGAGGGAAAAGAGAGAGGAGGGGAGGAGAAGGCGAGGAGGGGGGAAGGCGGGAAUAGGACGAAGAGGAGAAAGAGGAGUUGGUGGUUGGAGGGGGAGGAGAGGGAGAUGGUGAGGGGGAUGAUAGGGGCGGAGCAAGGGGUAGCAUUGGAAUGCAGAGCGGUGGGGGUGUGGUUAGACGUGUAUCUGCAUGAACUCUUUGUGUGUGAUGCCACACUCACACAGCCGUGGCAUCCCAUUCAGCUGCUCCUAUACACGAUGCUCGACCCUCGCAAUCUGCUGCCCUUCCUGCACAGCACCACCAACUACUCGCUUGACAUGGCGUACAGGGUGUGUGAGAGGAGGGGCGAGGUGGGGGCGAUGGUGUAUCUGUUGCAGCGCAUGGGCAACCAUGCAGCAGCCAUGGCUCUCUGCAUUGACCGCAUUGAAAACGUUGACCAGGCUCUGGAUGUGGUGGGGGAGAGUGGUGAUGAGUCCCUGUGGGAUGCUCUGUUGGAGCGAGCUGCCUCCAACUCCACCCUUCUAGCAGCACUCUUUGACCGGGCCCUACCAGGUCUGGACGCCCUGCGGCUCGUGCAGCUAGCCAUGCCCUCCCACCACAUCCCCCGGCUGAAGGAGCGCCUAGUGGGUGUGCUAUCUGCCACCACCACCCAGCUCGCCCUCUCCCAAGGCUGCUACCGAAUCCUCCUGGCGGACUUAACAGUUCUCUUCACCAAGCAAUUGAAAGAAUCAAUCAAGGGCAUCCGAUACCAGCAGCAGCAGCAGCAGCAGCAGCAGCAGGCCUCUCUCCCCCUCGCUCUCCUCUCCUCCGUAUCUGCUGCUGCCUUUGAUGCCGCCUCCACCGCAGCAGCAGCAGCCGCCGCCGCAGCAACCGGCACCACCACCAACACCCUUACCAACACCACCAGCACCACACCAAUUUCCCCCCUGCCCUCUCCUCUUGACCUAGCAUCAACCUCACCGUUCUUCGACUCUCUUCCCACACUAGCAGCACACACGCACCGAGCAAUCAAAGGAGCCGUGACUGCAAUCGAUGCAGUUCUUGACUCUGCUCCAGUUCAAGCCCUUGUACCUGACGUAUCACUACACUCCAUCCAAGCUAGAGUGGAUUCGACAGGAGCAGCCGGGGUGUUUGCCGCCUCAAAUGAUUGGUUGGACGGGGAUGGGGUGGAGGAGGUGGGAGGGGACGGCGAGGGUUUGGGGCGGGGGGGAGCAGGUGGGGGGAGAGGGCGUUGGGGGGGUGGAGAGUGGAGAGGCGGGAGGAGGGGAGGAGGGCACGGGGGUGGGGAGGGGAUGGAGGUGUUGGGAGGGAGUGGACGCGGCUUCCUUCGCUCAUGUCGGAGGUGUGGACAGAAAAGUGGGGGAGGUGAGAGGGGGGAGGGGUAA